GUCGCUUCUGAGCUGACCGGCCUGCUCUUGACCAUGUGGGCUUGUCUUGGCGUUGGACCUUGCAUUUGGGCUUGACCGAGCAUUGACUUUCGGCUGGAUCUGGCCUUGUGGCAUGGGCUUGAAUUUGGACUUGUGGCCGAAAUCUGGGCUUGAACUAGGUUCAUGGCUGGCUGGCUGGCUAAAGAAGAGAUGGAAGAAACAAGUAUUGAUUGUAAUUUUCAUGUAGUAAUUCU